AGAAUGGAAAGACCAUUGUGACUAUGUGAUAUGUAAGUUGUCUUACUACUGAGUUUCUCUUUGGAAUCAUGGAGGAGAAACAGCAGAUUAUAUUGGCUAAUCAGGAUAGUGGGACAGUCCCAGGAGCAACACCUACUUUUUUUGUUAUCUUAAAACAGCCAGGAAAUGGCAAAACUGAUCAAGGAAUUUUGGUCACGAAUCGCGAUACAUGUGCUUUGACUGGCAGUGUGUCAUCACCAGAAAAGUCUAAAGGGAAGAUUUGCCUUCCAGCUGAUUGUACUGUGGGAGGAAUCACUGUCACUUUGGAUAACAAUAGUAUGUGGAAUGAAUUCUAUCAUCGAAGCACAGAGAUGAUUCUGACCAAGCAGGGAAGACGCAUGUUUCCUUAUUGUCGUUACUGGAUAACAGGUUUAGAUUCAAAUUUGAAGUAUAUCCUUGUUAUGGAUAUAUCUCCUAUGGACAACCAUCGUUAUAAAUGGAAUGGUCGUUGGUGGGAACCCAGUGGGAAGGCUGAGCCCCAUGUUUUGGGGAGAGUUUUUAUUCAUCCAGAAUCUCCUUCCACAGGUCACUUUUGGAUGCAUCAACCGGUAUCUUUCUAUAAACUCAAACUUACAAAUAAUACACUGGACCAAGAAGGGCAUAUCAUCUUGCACUCUAUGCAUCGCUACCUACCAAGGCUUCAUUUAGUGCCUGCAGAUAAGGCUACUGAAGUGAUACAAUUGAAUGGCCCUGGUGUCCACACUUUUACGUUUCCACAAACUGAAUUCUAUGCUGUUACAGCUUAUCAAAACAUUCAGAUUACCCAACUGAAAAUAGAUUACAAUCCAUUUGCCAAAGGCUUCCGGGAUGAUGGAUUGAAUACUAAGCCCCAGAGAGAGGGAAAGCAAAAGAAUAGCUCUGAUCCAGAAGAGAAUGGUGUUCCCAGUUCUCCUGGUCAUCAGAUUCAUCUUACUGAUGAUGAAAGGUCAGAGAUUCAGCUGGAUAUAGAUUCAGAUCCUAUAUUGAGAGUUCACGAAACAUCACAUAAGGAUUUAGAGAAACCUUGCCCUAAUAUCAAACAAGACUUUGUUGGUCCCAUGGAUACCGAUUCAGCACUUUGUGAAGUGCCUCAGUUGAAGCAGGAGGCUUCUGAAAGUCUUGUUGCCAAUAAUUUUGAAGACUGCUCCCAUGUAACUUCACCAUUAGAUCCAAAUGGACCCUUCGAUGUUGUCAUUAAAGAGGAACCUCUAGAUGAUUAUGAAUAUGAGCUUGGUGAGUGCCCAGAAGGUGUCAGUGUGAAACAGGAAGAGACAGAUGAGGAAACAGAUGUAUACUCAAACAGUGAUGAUGAUCCUAUACUAGAGAAACAGCUAAAAAGACAUAGUAAAGUUGAUAACUUAGAAGCUGAACAUUCCUCUUCUAACUGGCUACCAAGCAGCCCAUCAGGUAUUGCUAAAGCGAAAAUGUUCAAAUUAGAUGCUGGAAAGAUGCCAGUUGUUUGUCUGGAGCCCUGUGCUGUCACUAAAAGCACAGUGAAGAUUUCUGAGCUGCCUGAUAACGUGCUUUCUACAUCUCGGAAGGAUAAAUCUUCAGUGUUGGCAGAAUUAGACUAUUUGCCUGCGUAUAUUGAAAAUUCCAAUGAGACUGACCUCUGUUUAGAAAAAGAAUCAGAAAAUGGUCUUAGAAAAUAUUCAUCAGAUUUCAGAGUGAUACAGAAAUACCCUUUAUUUAAUGAGCCUCAAUGGAAAUAUCCUGAUAUAUCUGACAGCAUUAGCACAGAAAGAACACAAGAUAAUAAUUCUAAGAGUUCAUCUGGGGAUUCAUUUUCUGGAAAAGAGGACUUGGGUAGAAAGAAAACUGCUAUGCUUAGAAUUGCCCCAGCUCCAAAGGCUGCGACUGCUAGUCAGAAUACCUCUUCAAAUAUCACUGGGAAAAGAGGGAGGCCGCGGAAAUGGAAACUCUGUAAGGGAGGGCGGCCACCUAAAACCACUGGAAAGUCUCUGACUUCUACAAAGAAUACCCCUCUGAGUCCUGGGAGUACUUUUCCAGAUGUGAAGCCUGAUCUGGAAGAUGUGGAUGGUGUUCUCUUUGUUUCCUUUGAAUCGAAGGAAGCUCUAGACAUUCAUGCAGUUGAUGGGCCAACAGAAGAACCUGCUAAUCUUCAGACAUCAACCACAAAUGAUUCAGGUUCCAGAGUAAGAAUUUCCCAGUUGGAAAAGGAAUUGCUAGAAGAUUUGAAGUCCUUGCGUCACAAGCAGGUGAUUCAUCCUGCUCUUCAAGAAGUGGGCUUAAAGUUGAAUUCUGUGGAUCCAACGAUGAGCAUAGAUCUUAAAUACCUGGGAGUACAGCUCCCUUUGGCUCCAGCUACUAGCCUUCCUUUCUGGAACCUUACAGGAACUAAUCCUGCAUCUCCUGAUGCUGGAUUUUCCUUUGUUUCUAGAACAGGGAAAACCAAUGACUUCACCAAAAUUAAAGGAUGGAGGGGAAAGUUUCACAGUGUUUCUGCUUCUAGGAAUGAAGGAAGCAAUUCAGAAGGUUCAUUAAAAAACCGUUCUGCUUUCUGUAGUGACAAGUUAGAUGAAUACUUGGAAAAUGAAGGCAAGCUGAUGGAAACAAGCAUGGGUUUCUCUUCCAACGCUCCUACAUCUCCUGUGGUAUACCAGCUUCCCACUAAGAGUACCAGUUAUGUACGGACACUUGACAGUGUUUUAAAGAAGCAGUCUGCCAUUUCCCCUUCUACCUCUUACUCUUUGAAGCCUCAUUCUGUCCCUCCUCCCUCACGAAGGGUGAAAUCUCAAAACAAACAGGCAAAUUUAAGUGGCCGGAGUAAAUCAUCUUACAAAUCCAUCUUACCAUAUCCUGUUACAGCAAAACAGAAACACUCUCCAGGAGAUAGGGUUACCAAAAAUUCUUCAAGCACUAUCUCAGAAAACCAGGUGAAUAACUUUGCUGUGUCCUCUUCAGAGGAAAAUAUUUUUCCAAAGCAGAUCAGUCUGCGGCAGGCACACCAACAGCAACAGCAGCAGCUUCUGGGAACUCGCCCUCCAGGCCUGUCUAAAACUCAGGUGAAGCUAAUGGACCUAGAAGACUGUGCUCUUUGGGAAGGAAAACCAAGAACCUAUAUCACUGAAGAACGAGCAGAUAUAUCCUUAACAACUCUCCUUACAGCUCAAGCAUCUCUCAAAAAUAAACCUAUUCACACAAUCAUAAGGAAGCGAGCUCCUCCGUGCAACAAUGACUUCUGUCGACUGGGUUGUGUAUGUUCCAGUCUCGCUUUGGAGAAGCGCCAGCCAGCUCACUGCCGCAGACCAGACUGCAUGUUUGGCUGUACUUGUUUGAAAAGAAAAGUUGUACUUGUUAAAGGAGGAUCCAAAACUAAUAAGCAUUUCCAGAGGAAAGCUGUUCAUCGAGAUCCAGUCAUUUAUGAUACUUUAGGAGAGGAGGAAAAGGAAGAAGGAGUGGAGGGAGUCAAGGAGGAAGAGGAGCUAUUCAAAGACAAAAAGAAGAGAAAGAAGCUAGAAUACACUAUUUGUGAAACAGAGCCUGAACAGCCCAUUCGACAUUACCCAUUAUGGGUAAAAGUAGAAGGUGAAGUAGAUCCAGAGCCAGUUUAUAUUCCAACUCCUUCUGUCAUUGAACCUAUGAAACCACUAUUAUUGUCUCAGCCAGAAGUUUUAUCUGCUACUGUGAAGGGGAAACCAUUCACUGGAAUUAAGCCUGCAAAGCCAUAUAUUCCAAAGCCCAAUCCUGUGAUUAGAGAAGAGGACAAAGAUCCAAUCUACUUGUACUUUGAAAGUCUGAUGACUUGUGCCAGAGUUCGUGUUUAUGAACCAAAAAAAGAACAGAAACAACCAUCCCUUUCCUCACCAUUUCAGCAGCAGAGCUCAUGUCAUCCUAGUGCUGAGGACUGUAGUAAAAAGGAACCUGAUUCUGAACACCAUCUUUUAAAGCAAGUCACCUGUGACUUGGAGAAGGAUUCUGAUAAAUCACAAGAAAAGAACUGGAAGUCAUCCUGCAAUGAAGGAGAAUCAUCUUCUACCUCGUAUGUGCAUCAGAGGUCACCUGGUGGACCCACCAAACUGAUAGAGAUCAUCUCAGACUGCAACUGGGAGGAGGAUCGGAACAAGAUUUUGAGCAUCUUAUCCCAGCACAUCAAUAGCAACAUGCCACAGUCACUUAAGGUGGGCAGCUUCAUCAUUGAGUUGGCUUCUCAGCGAAAGAGCCGGGGUGAGAAGAACCCUCCUGUUUAUUCUUCUCGUGUGAAAAUCUCUAUGCCAUCAUGUCAAGACCAAGAUGAUAUGGCUGAGAAAUCUGAAUCAGAGACUCCUGAUGGUCCAUUAUCCCCUGGGAAAAUGGAUGAUCUCACUUCUAUGCAGACAGAUGCCUUGGAUUCAGUGAGGGAAAGAUUGCAUGGAGGCAAAGGUCUGCCUUUUUAUGCAGGCCUUUCUCCUGCAGGGAAGCUUGUGGCCUAUAAACGUAAACCCAGUUCAAGCACAUCUGGGCUUAUCCAGGUAGCAUCCAAUGUCAAGGUGGCUGAAUCCAGGAAACCACGUACCCUGUUGCCUUCAACAUCCAAUUCCAAAACGACAUCCUCCUCCAGCACUACUUCAAGUCGCCCUGGGAAGAGUUUGAAGGCGUUUGUGCCAGCUAAAAGACCAAUUGCGGCUCGACCCUCUCCUGGUGGUGUGUUCACACAGUUUGUGAUGAGUAAAGUUGGAACCCUGCAGCAGAAGAUACCUGGAGUUAGCACACCCCAACCCCUGACAGGGCCACAGAAGUUCACUAUCAGACCUUCUCCAGUAAUGGUCGUCACACCUGUGGUUUCUUCUGAGCCAGUUCAGGUGUGCAACUCUGUGACUGCUGCUGUCACUACUACCACCCCUCAAGUGUUUUUAGAAAAUGGUACUUCUGUGACACCUAUGACUGCUAUUUCUGACAAGGGAACUAAAGAAACUACUUACUCUCCUGGUGCCACCACUAAAGGAGCUUUUCAGGUCUCUGAACCUAAUACCAGCACCCCAGUAACAUCAUGCCAGUCAACAGCCACUGCGAACCUUACCAAAACUACUGGGAUAAAUACCCCUGUGGCUUCAGUUGCUUUUCCUAAGUCUUUGGUAGCAUCUUCUCCAACCAUAACUCUUCCUGUUGCUUCCACUGCCUCCACUUCCAUAGUCGUGGUGACCACAGCUGCAUCUUCCUCCAUGGUGACCACACCAACUUCAUCUCUGGGCUCUGUUCCUAUUAUACUUUCGGGAAUUAAUGGGAGUCCACCAGUGAGCCAGAGACCAGAGAAUGCUCCUCAGAUUCCAGUGGCUACUCCACAAGCUUCUCCUAACACAAUGAAACGUGCUGGACCUCGGUUAUUGUUGAUUCCAGUGCAGCAGGGUUCUCCUACUGUUAGACCUGUCGCAAAUACACAACUUCAAGGACAUCGGAUGAUCUUGCAGCCUGUUAGGAGUCCAAGUGGAAUGAAUCUAUUCAGACAUCCUAAUGGGCAGAUUGUCCAGCUCCUUCCUUUGCAUCAGAUUCGAGGCUCUAAUACCCAGCCUAACUUACAGCCCGUCAUGUUUCGGAACCCAGGAUCUGUGAUGGGAAUCCGGUUACCAGCUCCUUCCAAAUCUGAGACACCACCAUCUUCUGCGUCAUCUUCUACUUUUGCUGUUGUGAACCCUGUUAUUCAGACUGUUGGGUCUUCUCCUGGAGUGCAGGCACCCUCAGUGCUUUCCUCUGGAUCUGGUUUUGUGUCUCAGGCUGGUACGGCUGGUACUUUGACCCUGAGGAUUUCUGCAACUGAACCACAAAACUUUGCAAAUAAAACAGGCUCUGAAACCAAAAUAACUUACAGCUCAGGAGGGCAGCCUGUUGGUACAGCCAGUCUUAUUCCUCUCCAGUCUGGCAGUUUUGCCUUGUUGCAGCUCCCAGGACAAAAACCCAUUCCCAGUUCCAUUCUUCAGCAUGUUGCUUCUCUGCAGAUGAAAAAAGAUUUACAAAAUGUAGAUCAGAAAAAUGAAACAAACUCUAUACGAGAUCAGGAAACUAAGAAGGCUUUAAAGGCAGAAGGAGAUGCUGUAGACCCUGAGGCUAAUAUUAUAAGCCAAAACCCAGAAGCUACUGACUCAAAAGAAACCCUGAAGAUAGAAGAUGGGAGUGAUCAUUUUGAUGAGGAAUCUAUUAUGGAGGAAGAAUCAGCAACUGCCAUAACUUCUGAGCACUCUGCUGUCACUGGAUCACAUCCAGAUCAAGGCUGUAAAGAUACCAGUGAAGAGUGUGGGUCUAGGAAUCAGAGCAAUUCCAAGGAAAAACGGACUGUACUAGAAGCUAAGGCAGUUUCUGAUAAAGCCAGUAGUAAGAUGGUACAAAACAAAAGCAGUAUUCCUCUUAAAAGACUUGAUGAUGUGAAAGUGGAACAGCAGAACAUAUUAGAUAAUUCAGAGAAAAAAUCAAGUGAAUUUCCAGUCAUCUCUAAGGAAGAAAAUAAACUUGAAUUACUAGGGAGCAGAGUUGUGGAACCACAAUUUGAUCUACCAUCAGAGACCAAGGAGAAGGGAUGUGGAAGCUCUAUAGAGAAGGACAAUAAUAGAGAAAAAUGGAGAAAACACCUGAAGGGUCCAUUGACCCGAAAAUAUGUUAGAGCUUCACAAGAAUGUAAGAAAGAGGCAGAUGAUCAGUUAAUUAAAGAAGCAAAGCCAAAUUCAAAUGUGUGUCAACAAGAACAAGACAGCUCUGGGGAAAGUGGAAUUACUGAGGGUUCCAGAGUUUUAAAAACGGAAUGUGAUCCUUGGAAUAGGAUUUCUAAUCCUGAAGCCUUAUCCAUUGUUCCCAGGAGAGCUACAAAAAGCAACAGAGGGAAUGGACAUUUUCAGGGUCAUUUACUGCUACCAGGAGAACAGAUACAGCCAGAGCAAAUGAAGAGUGGAAGACACAGUGCUGACUUUACCGUUUUGGAUUUGGAAGAGGAGUAUGAGGAAGAUGAAAAAACCGAUGAUUCUGUUGAUGAAGUUGUGGAUAUUGUUUCUGACUACCAGAGUGAGGAAGUUGAUGAUAUAGAAAAGAAUAAUUGUGUAGACUACCUUGAGGAGGAUGAUGAGCACAUAGAUAUUGAGACUGUGGAGGAGCUCUCAGAGGACGUGAACGUCCACAUACAGACCCCAGUUGCCCAUAUGCUUUCUUCCAAACAGCCGUGCCGUCUCCCUAUCCCUACAGAUGAAAAAGCAACUGAAAAGAAUCGGAAGGUACCACUAGUACCUGUCAAAGUGAAGUCUGAUUACUGGAAUGAAAAACUACAGAAAGAAGCAGAAGCUUUUGCUUAUUAUCGCCGGACACAUACUGCCAAUGAGCGGAGACGGCGUGGUGAAAUGAGGGAUCUCUUUGAGAAAUUGAAGAUCACCUUAGGAUUGCUUCAUUCAUCCAAGGUUUCAAAAAGUCUCAUCCUUACACGGGCAUUCAGUGAAAUUCAAGGACUAACAGAUCAGGCAGACAAAUUGAUAGGACAGAAAAAUCUUCUGACUCGAAAACGUAACAUUUUGAUUCGAAAAGUAUCAUCUCUUUCAGGUAAGACAGAAGAAGUAGUCCUAAAGAAGCUGGAAUAUAUAUAUGCCAAACAACAAGCACUAGAGGCUCAGAAAAGGAAAAAGAAGAUUGGAUCAGAUGAGCUUAAUAUUUCUCCUGGAACUGACAAACAAAGAUUAUCUGCAUCGUCUGUAGAUCUAGAGCAGAUGUUUAUAAAUAACAGGAGGGGGAAACCUUUGAUUCUUUCCAGAAAAAAAGACCAAGCCACAGAAAAUACCUCGCCCUCUAAUAUACAGCACACCUCUUCCAACCUCGUGAUGACUCCACAAGGACAACUGCUCACCUUAAAAGGUCCUCUGUUCUCGGGACCAGUCGUAACUGUUUCCCCUGCUCUCUUAGAAGCAGAUAUAAAACCUCAAGCUUCCAGCAGUUCUGUGACUCAAUCAGACAAUGAUGACUUAUUUAUGAUGCCAAGGAUUGUUAAUGUGACAUCAUUGGCCACAGAGGAAGGUUUGGUAGAUAUGAGUGGCAGCAAAUAUCCGCAUGAACUUCCUGAUAGCAAAGCACCUGAUCACCUGAAAGAACGAGUCAGAAAUGAAGAGGAUUGCUUUGAAGAUUCAGGUAGAAGCUCUUCUAGAGGCACCCAUAGAGGUGGCAGAAUGGAACUGAAUCCAGCACAGGUUUUUUUGGCAAAUCAAGAUUCUAGUUUUCCACAAAUAAUUGAUGUUAAUGCUGUUCAGGAAGCACAAGAGCGCUUGCCCAAAAAGAUUUCUAGUGAUCUAAGAGGGAUCCAGUAUAAAUGGAAAGAGAGUGACUCAAGAGGAGAGAGACUGAAAGCAAAAGUGUCCCCAUUUCAUAAAUUGAAGAUGAAAGAUCUCAAAGACUCAAGCAUAGAGAUGGAACUGAGAAAGGUGGCCUCUGCUAUAGAAGAAGCAGCACUGGAUCCCAGUGAACUGCUCACUAACAUGGAAGAUGAGGAUGACACUGAUGAGAGACUAACUUCACUUCUCAAUGAGAUUGCUUUUCUUAAUCAACAACUAAACGAUGACUCUGUGGGCCUGGCUGAACUACCCAGCACUGUAGGUACAGAGUUCCCAGGGGAUGCUCGGCGGGCUUUUAUCAGUAAGCUUCCUCCUGGGAACAGAGGAACUUUCCAGGUUGAUCACUUGGGAACUGAUUUGAAAGAGUUGCCUGAUGUACAAGGAGGAAGUGACCCUAUUAGUCCACUCCUUUUGCAUUUGGAAGAUGAUGACCUGUCUGAGAGUGAAAAACAGCUUACUGACCCAGCCUCUGAAACCGAUGUGCUAAAGAUUGUUAUUGACUCUGAGGUAAAGGAUACGCUUCUUACCCACAGGAAAGCCAGUAAUGGAGGGAAGAAUACAUCUAAAUUCCCUACAGAACCUGAAAGUGUGUCUUCACCCCCUAUCCUACGUAUGAAGACUGGCCUGGAGAACAGCAGCACAGAUACUUUGUGGAGGCCUAUGCCAAAGUUGGCACCUUUAGGCUUAAAAGUAGCUAAUCCUUCCAGUGAUUCAGAUGGUCAGAGUCUGAAGGUAAUGCCUUGUUUGGCACCUGUGGCUACCAAAAUUGGGUCAGUUGGACACAAAACGAACUUAACAGGGAAUGACCAGGAAGGCCAUGAGAGCAAGGUGAUGCCUACACUUGCACCCAUUAUGGCUAAAUUAGGUAGCUCUGGAGCCUCAUCAAGUUCUGCAGGGAAAUGA